AUGGGAGGGAGUGGCGCGAACGUGGCGGAAAGCGGCCGGUGCGGCUCCACGUGCAGUGGGGUUCUCGGCAGGCAGGACCGGGUCGCCAGCACUGGCGGCUGCAACUUUCCGGAACACCAGCUGCCCGAGCUGAGCACACCCACUUUCCACGUGGGCGCCUUUGGGGAGCUGUGGCGUGGCCGGCUGCGCGCCGGGGACCUGUCGCUGAGGGAGCCGCCAGCACCCGCGCUGCCCGGGCGUGGAGAGGUCGCGGACUCGGACCGGGAGGAUGCCGCGGCGGCGCGGGAUCCGGGCUGCAGCCUGCAGGCGGCGGCCGGGCUCAGGGCGAUGUGCGGGUCUCUUUCUCUGUCUUCAGGAGUCACUUGCCAUCGGGAAAAACCUGCAAAUCCAGCUGACGUGAUUGAAGAAGGGGAGCUUAUCCAAUCUGUGGAUAUCCUGUACCCUGUUAAAUUUCAUAAGGAUUUGUGGUUUUAUUGGUUUGCCAUGCUGGUACUGGGCAGUCAGAAGCUCACAGAGCUAAGGGAUUCAAUUUGCUGUGUUGGUGACCUCCAGAUUGGUGGAGAAUUCAGCAACACUCCUGACCAAGCCCCUGAGCACAUCAGCAAAGACCUAUAUAAAUCAGCCUUCUUUUAUUUAGAAGGAACAUUUUACAGUGAUAACAGAUAUGUGGAAAUAAGAGAUUUGAGCAGGAUUAUCAUUGAGUGGUCAGAGUGCCAUGAUAGAGGCUGCAGAAAGUUUCAGACUGUGAGAGUGGAAGAUUUCACCUUCAGUGACCUGCAUAUUAAACUAGGCUUUCCUUACUUACGCUGGCACCAGGGAGACUCUGAGCAUGUUGUCGUCAUUACUGACAUAAAGCAGGAGGCAGGGAUGUUGGCAGCCAGCAAUGAACUUGGCAGCACUAAGCUGGGAAUGAAGACUGCGAUCCAAGGUGCCCUUCCCCAGAUGGGCUGGAGCCUCACCUCAGACUUCAGGGUGUCCUGUCUGGUACCUGCUUGCUCAGCACUGUCUCCCCCAGGCAUUCUCUCCUCGCAACAGCCGGGAGCCCAGGGGUGUGGGCGGUGUAACGUAGGGCACAGAGGGAGGGGGUGCCCUGACUUGCUGUAGAGCUGGAGGGUGGGGGCACCAACCGUGUCUCCCUUCCCAGCUCCACCCACUCCGUUCUGAGGCUGGGACUGCAGCCAUCCUUCUCCCGGUGCAAACGGCUGACCUGGAAGGUUCUUGGGGUUUAGAGUAAGUCCAGAUGCCCGUUCUGAAGCACUCCAGCAUCUGCCACCGCCCCGCAGAUCUCCCUGCCUGAAGUCUUCCUUCCAGAGUUGCAGCCCUCUGCAGGGAGCCACACCCCAGGACACGUGGUUCUCAAAGCUGGGGUCCCCAAGGUCAAAUUACUUUCCUGAUAACGCUAAGGUGGUAUUUGCCUUGUCACUCUCAUUCUCUCACAGAGUACACAAUGUUCAUUGAUACUGUUUCAAAUUCCUUAUUGCAACUAACCUUUAAGAAAUUACCUCUUGUGAAGUUUUGGUAUGGUAUCAAAGAGGAACAUCCAUAAUUAUGUAAAGCGAUCAAAAUGUUACUUCCCUUCCCAACCACGUACCUGUGCGAGGCCAGAAUUCCUCUGUAGGCUUCAGCGAAGCCAGAACAAAAAACCAGAUCAAACACAGAAGCAGACAAGAGAAUCUUGCUGUAUUCUACAAGCUACACAUUAAAGAGAUUUACAAAAUUGUAAGUUUUUUGGAAAAUAUAGUCUUCCCUUGGUAUGCUCGAGGGGUUGGUUCCAGGACCCCCUCCACCUCGAGGACACCAGAAUCCCCAGAUGCUAAAGUUCCACCGUCUGUCCUGUGAGUCAGCCAACUGCAGAUCAAAUACACGGCGUUUGUGGGGUGCAGACCCGUGGGUACAGGGGCCGACUGUGUAGUGAUUUUUGAUGGAAAUACAUCAUUUACGUUAACAUGUAAUGCUUUUAUUGUCAUUUUUAAAUGUUAAUAAAUAUUUCUACAGUU